UUAAUAAUAACCGUCCAUCACAGAGCCAUUUGGACAGCAGCGGUUAUUACGACCUCCAACAGCAAUCCAACACCCACCCCAAAUCUAACGGCAAGAAGCCAUCUGAAGACACGAACACAACAGGAGGGAGCUAAGAAAAUAAAAGAAACGAAAGAGAGACAGAAACAAAGAAGAACUACAAGCAAAACCCAAAGUAUAUAUAUAUUAAAAAUAUUCAAUUUUUAUCAAAAGCGAUUUUACCAGUGUCACCAAAACCAUAAUCGACAUCUGCAAUCUCUAUAUCUCUCUGUUUAUAUAUAUAACUAUUUAUCAUAUCUACUUUCCCCCUAAUAUCUUCGCUAGUUUAUUAUUUUUUAUUGUUGGGUUGUUUUCUAAAAUUCUGUUAAAUUAGAAACCCUUCUGUUAAUUUGUAAAAAGGGUAUAGACAGUGGUUUUUUUUUUUCUUUUUUUUUUUUCUGAAGGGGAUUGCGGUUUCCUUUUUUUUUUGGGGGGGUGGGGGGUGGCGGUGGUGAUGGGGUUGGGAAAUAGUGAAAAUGAUGUGGUUGCUGAUGAUGGAGAUGGUGAUUGUGGUGGUGGAGGAUGUGGAAAAUCAUUUGGAUCAGUUUCAUGUUCGAUUUGCCUUGAUGUAGUUACUGAUAAUGGAGAUCGAUCGUGGGCUAAGCUUCAAUGUGGACACCAAUUUCAUUUGGAUUGCAUCGGUUCCGCAUUUAAUAUAAAGGGGGCAAUGCAAUGCCCUAAUUGUCGAAAAAUUGAAAAAGGGCAGUGGCUCUAUGCCAAUGGUUGCCGUUCACUGCCAGAAUUUAGUAUGGAUGACUGGGCGCAUGAUGAAGACCUUUAUGACCUGAGCUACUCUGAAAUGUCCUUUGGAGUUCAUUGGUGCCCAUUUGGUAGUUUAGCACGGCUCCCAUCAUCCUUUGAGGAAGGGGAAUUUUCAUCGAACGCAUAUCAUGAUCUUCUGGGACACCAUGCUAUCUUUGCAGAACAUACAGCAGCAGUAUCAUCAGCCACCCAUCCAUGCCCGUAUAUUGCUUAUUUUGGACCAGUUCAUCCAUCAUCUUCCAACUCCAGUGGAAGUGUUUCAGAUGGUUCGAAUUUUAAUAAUCAUUGGAGUGGUCCUUCAGUACCUGGUGAGCUUCCUAGUUCCUAUGCUUUUCCUGCUAUAGAUCUUCAUUACCAUGGUUGGGAGCACCAUUCCCCUCCCUUCUCCACGAGCAGCAGUCGAAUCGGCAGUACUGAUCAGCCUUCAAUUCAACCUGUUUCUCAAAGGCCAGCUAGAAGCAGUUCUGAUCUUUCAAGGUCGGGUUCUUUCAUGCAUCCAUUCCUUGUUGGCCACAGUUCUAGUGCUAGAGCUGGGAGCUCAGUUAGUUCCACAAUGAUUCCACCUUACCAAGGAAGCAACGCACGCGCUCGUGACAGAGUUCAAGCUCUUCAAGCAUAUUAUCAACAACAACCUGGCAGUUCUCCAGCAAUUCAUGCCCCCAUUAUUUCUGGGACCCGAAGAUCAAGCAAUUACAGAGGCUUGUCUCAAGUAGGGCCAGUCGCUUCAUCUUCCGAUCAGACUGGGUUCUAUUUUGUCCCACCAGGUACAUCAGGUCGGAACUUCCAAGAAGCAGACAAUUCUCCACCAAUCCGAUUUCGUGCAUGGGAAAGAGAUCACUUGCAACCAUUUUCGUUAAGUCAAGUUGACAGAGAAUCAAGUUGGUUGUUUCAUCAGACUGCUAGUGGGUCAGAUCCUGGCCUUAGAUCUAGCAGCUUCCGCCAAAGGCAUGGAACUGAGAGAAUGUCAUCACAAAAUCGGUCUUAACUUUCUUGAUUAUCCUUUUGGGUGAAGCAAACUACCACUACUGAAACCAAAGUUAUGUAUGCUUGAAAAACGAUAUAUAAUGCUUGGAGUCUGUCAAUCAUGACAGUCUCAAAAUACUGUGGAGUGGCCCUGAAAACGAUCUAUUUGGCAGCCACCUGGCUGUGUGAUGAACUUUGGCAUCCUCUAGUUUCUUUGCCUUUUGAGGAUAUUAAAAUAAGAUCACAUGUUGGAUAGUAA